GUAAUAUUAGAAUAACUCCGGGGGCAGAAAAGGAAAUGCAAGGAGAAAACCUCACCGUUUGGAGCUUUUUUCUCCUGGAGGGUUUUUCUAGGUACCCAGCGUUAGAGAUCGUUCUCUUCGUCUUCAGCCUCGUGAUGUAUCUGAUCACGCUCUUGGGUAACAGCACUCUGAUCUUGAUCACUGUCCUAGAUUCACGCCUCCAAACCCCCAUGUACUUGUUCCUUGGAAAUCUCUCUGUCCUGGAUAUUUGUUACACAUCUGCUUCUGUUCCCACUUUGCUGGUGAACUUGCUGUCAUCCCAGAAAACCAUCAUCUUUUCUGGGUGUGCCGUACAGAUGUACCUGUCCCUGGCCAUGGGCUCCACGGAGUGUGUGCUCCUGGCUGUGACGGCGUAUGACCGUUACGUGGCCAUUUGCGAACCCCUGAGAUACCCCGUCAUCAUGAGCAGGCAGGUCUGUGUGCAGAUGGCCGCUGUCUCCUGGGUGACGGGCUGUCUGACCGCCCUGCUGGAGACCAGUUUCACCCUGCAGGUGCCCCUCUGUGGGAAUCUCAUCGAUCACUUCACGUGUGAAAUUCUGGCCGUGCUGAAGUUAGCUUGCACACGUUCACUGCUCGUGGACACGAUCAUGCUGGUGGUCACUGUGCUCCUCCUGCCCGGCCCCAUGCUCUUCAUUUGCAUCUCUUAUGUCUUCAUCCUUUCCACCAUUCUGAGAAUCAGCUCAGCGGAGGGAAGACACAAAGCCUUUUCUACGUGUGGUGCCCACCUGACUGUGGUGAUCUUGUUUUACGGGGCCGCCCUCUCCAUGUACCUGAAGCCGUCGUCCUCCUCGAGCUCACAGGAAGUAGAUAAGAUCAUCUCACUGCUCUAUGGAGUGCUGACCCCUAUGUUGAACCCCAUCAUCUACAGUUUGAGAAACAAAGAAGUCAAAGAGGCCGUGAAAAAAGUACUGGGCCGCAUGCUAUGGUAUCGAGCACACGGACGUCUCUGACUCAGGUGCGCUCCUGGCAGAAGUCAGCGCAGAAAUCCUACGCGGCGCGCUCACGCUUAGAACGCUGAUGUCACCCCCAGCCCCGGCAGUGUCACAGCUGUGGGAUAUGUGUGCGCCAAAGUGAUUGCCCGUGGGCAGCAGUAGGUCCAGUUGGCCUUUGGUCGUAGUUUCUGUCCGCUGUGUUUCCCGGUUGCCGAAGUGUUGGUCUGUAGCCUCCUCACGCGCGGGCCCUGCGGCAACGCUUGGAUGCAUUCAUCAGUGAAUGUUGGCGCCCCGAGAAAUUGGUGUGUGCUCCCUGCCUCAGGUCCUUUCUAGAAUGAGGUGGGCGCACAAAGAUGCAAAGAAACAAAUAACCGAGAUGGGCCUUGAUUAUGCAAAUGGGAAAAUUAGAGGAAAAUGAAAAGCCUCUCUUGGCAUCGCACGGUGAUGGGACUAGAAAUGCAACCCUUCUCCUCUUGUCUCUGCCGAGAGUUCUGCCACUGCCGCCGCGCCUCCCUCAGGACCCUUCCUCACUCAGAACUGCUGACGAAGGCUCCUGACUUUGUGACUGAAGCCUCCAGUACCCGUGUGAUUUGCUUACCUGCCACCCUUGCUUUUCUAAGCGCAUAGAUCCUUGUGUAAACUGUUAUCUGUUUCUUUGUCUGUGCCGCCCCCCCCCCGCCCCCAAAGGCUUUCUGUGUGUCAGCCUUUUCUCUUUACCGGGCGGCUGACCUCACAAGGGCAGGGAAACGUCUUACGGUGUCCCUUUCAUGCUUACAGCAGACAUUGGUCAACUAAUAAACUUACCAGGUUUAAACGAACCCCCUUGAGAAGUCAGUACCACCCGUGAAGGUGAUGCCGGGAACCCCAUAGGGCAGUGAGGUUUCUUGCUUUAUAAAUAUUCAACGAUGGCAGAGACCGUGUUUAUGGUAGUUGUUUUAAAACUUUUAUUUGUAUAAAAAUUUUGCUGGUGAUAAAACGCCGACUCCAGGUCUCUCCUUGCAGAUAUUCUGAUGCAGUAGCUCUGGGGUGGGGUCCUGACAGUCUGCAUUUCAAAACAGAUCCCUGAGAAAUUCUGGUACAGAUUUUGAGAUGACUGUACUCUGGGAGACAUGGUUUCUGGCAAAAAUCUAGCAUUCCAAAAUAAAAGUAGGAUUCGUUCUCAUUUCUCCCCUUUUGCCUUUUAAUUUUGUUUUUCCUUCUAUUGUUUGUGCCUGUGUGUGUGCCUUCUCAUUUGUCUACUUCCACGCCCAGGGUAGGGAAGAGGAGAGGGUUUUGAAUGGAGGAAGUUUAACCCACUUGACAAAUUUCAACAUUUUAAAGACCUGAAAUGUUUUAGUAUUGGAUGUUGUGUUCUGGAUGAUUUCACUUGUAGACCAUUCCCUUAGCUCUAGGGCUUCCAUUACAUGUUUGGGGAUGUAUAACCCACAUAAAAAGACACUUGAAGUUAUCACCCAGCAAAGUUCUGGUGAUGCCGGGGUGCCUGAGUGGCUCAGUCAGUGAAGCUUCGGACUCUUGAUUUUGGCUCAGGUCACGCUCUCAGGCUGGUAGUAUGGAGCCUGGCAUUGGGUUCUGUGCUGGGCAUGGAGACUGCUUAAGAUUCUUUCUCUCCCUCUCUCUCUGCCCCUCUCUCUAAAAAAGAAUUCCUGGUGAUGCAGCAAGGGGACAAAUUUGAAGCCAGAUAUUGCUGCCAACAGAUGUUUGAUCAUGGAGGAUGAAAGCAAGCCCCGAGUAGAUGGCUUUGGGGCAGGAGAGGAGAGCUGACCACAAAGCUUUCAUCCCAGAAGUAAUUCUUUUUUCUGCUUAGAUAUCUCAACCUUCACAACCAGAUAC